AUGUCAGGCAAGAGCAACAGUCAACUGCUGCACCUCGGUCACCAGGCGGUGCUGGAGAGUGAGGCCCGACCGGUGCCAGGCAGCCUCACCCAGGAUGCGGCCUUUGCCAAGCUGCGCAAGUACCACCAGGAGAAUGCCGCCAACCUCAACCUGGUGGACCUCUUUGCCAAGGAUUCAGGUCGCUUUGACAAGUACCAUCUCACGUUGGCCACCGACAACAAUGGCUUCUUGCUGUUUGACUACUCGAAAAACCUGAUCAACGAUCAAGUUCUUCAAGGUUUGCUGGAGCUGGCUCGCAAUCGUGGCGUCGAAAAGAUGCGCGACUCGAUGUUUGCCGGUGAAAAGAUCAACUUCACGGAGAAUCGUGCCGUCCUGCACAUUGCCCUGCGCAACCGAUCAAACCGUCCAAUUUUGGUUGACGGCGCCGACGUGAUGCCUGAGGUGAACCGUGUCCUGGCAAAGAUGGAGCAGUUCUCGAAGGAUCUGAUCAGCGGCACCUGGACUGGCUACACAGGCAAAAAGAUCACCGAUGUUGUCAACAUUGGCAUUGGCGGCUCUGACCUUGGCCCGGUCAUGGUGACCGAGGCACUGAAGCACUACCAAGUGGGCCCCAAUGUGCACUUUGUCUCCAACAUCGACGGCACCCACCUGGCGGAGACCGUCUCCAAGCUGAACCCCGAGACGACGCUCUUCAUCAUCGCCUCGAAGACCUUCACCACCCAGGAGACGAUCACCAACGCCGAGUCGGCCAAGGCCUGGUUUCUCAAGACGGCCAGCGACCAGUCCGCCGUGGCGAAGCACUUCGUCGCCCUGUCCACCAACAAGGAGAAGGUGACCGCCUUUGGCAUUGACCCCAACUCGAUGUUCGAGUUCUGGGACUGGGUGGGCGGGCGUUACUCGCUCUGGUCGGCCAUCGGUCUCUCCAUCAGCGUGCACAUUGGCUUCGAUAACUACCGCCAGCUGCUGGAGGGUGCCCACUACAUGGAUGAGCACUUUCGCCGCACGCCGCUGGAGAAGAACCUGCCCGUGCUGAUGGGCCUGCUCGGCGUCUGGUACAUCAACUUCUACGGCGCCGAGACGCAGGCCAUUCUGCCGUACGACCAGUACCUGCACCGAUUCGCCGCCUACUUUCAGCAGGGCGACAUGGAGUCCAACGGCAAGUACGUGACUCGAAGCGGACAGACGGUCAACUACUCGACCGGACCGAUCGUCUGGGGCGAGCCGGGCACCAAUGGUCAGCACGCCUUCUACCAGCUGAUCCACCAGGGCACUCGCCUCAUUCCCUGCGACUUUAUCGCCCCGGCGAAGACGCUGAACCCCAUCAGCGGCGGUCUGCACCACACAAUUCUCCUGGCUAACUACCUUGCCCAGACGGAGGCGCUGAUGAAGGGCAAGAGCAGUGCUCAGGCGGAGGGAGAGCUCCGCCAACAGGGCAAAACCGAGGAGCAGAUUGCCAAGAUUCUGCCGCAUAAGGUCUUUGAGGGAAACCGGCCGACUAACUCCUUCCUCGUGGACACCUUCACGCCCUUCAACCUGGGUGCGCUCAUCGUCGCCUACGAGCACAAGAUCUUCGUGCAGGGCGUCAUCUGGGACAUCAACUCCUACGAUCAGUGGGGCGUCGAACUGGGCAAGGAGCUGGCCAAGGCCAUCGAGAAGGACCUCAAACAGGAGGGCACCGUCCAGUCGCAUGAUAGCUCCACCAAUGCUCUGAUCAAUCUCAUCAAAAGUCUCAAGUAA